CAGGCGACCGUGUGCCUAAACCGCGCGCCCCCAUUGGCCAGGGAGGCAAGCAGAGCCCCGCCCAUAUCGGUGGGAGGAGGGGGGGGGUGCCCGCCAGCCAAUGGAAGGGCAGCGUUGCGCCCUAUGCGCUCUACGAUUUGUGAAGCCGGCGGACGGAGUUCGGGAGGCCCUUGGCGUGCAGUGGAAGGAGUAAGAAGGAGGAGGCCGACGGCUCGCUCGCUCGCUCAAGAGACGCCUCGCUCGCUCAAGAGACGCUCCGACCGCACUCCUCGCGUCUCGCCCACACCCUGCCCGGGGCCCAGAAGCGCGGCCGUUCGCCUGAGGGGAAAAAGGAUCGGAUGGGCGCCAAGGUGACCAAGUCGUUGUGGAGGGCGGCGCGCAACGUGAACUUGGAGAGCCGCGCGAUGGAGGCACUCUCCCGCGAGAAGCCGCUCGCGGCUCCGCGGCACCGCGCGGCCCCCGGGGCCGAGCUCCCCCCUCAAGAGCGAGAGGCGAUCGCGGAAAAGCUGCGAUCGCGCGAGGACGUACUGCUGGCGCACCUGCAGAGCGUACGCGUCCACUCCACAGACACGCCGGGACAGGUUCUGGAGGACGAGUGGAUGAGCCUCCGCACCCCAACAGGAGGCGCGUCGUCACCGCCGUCCUCGUCCCCGCGUCACCGCGAGCCGCUCGUCCACCUCCCGUCGGCGCUGGCCGACUCGCCGCACGCGCCGGCGUCCGUCCCCUCGGUGCCGCUGGGCCGCGUCACGGUGGCCGAGGCCGUGCUGCUGCUGGGCCUCGAGCGCUCGGGCCCCGCGGCCCGCACGGACGCCGACGUCGCGGACCAGUUCGGCCUGGACGAGCGCUCGGUGCGGGCGCUGCGUGAUCACUUCCACGCGUUCGACAUGCACGUCGAGCCGGCGCCCGGCAAGAGGCUCGCGGCAUCGGCGGUGCCAUCGCAGCCGCCGCCGCAGCCGCAGCCGCCGCCGCCGCCGCCUGCAAUGCGGCUGCAGCAACAGCGGCGCCAACAGGACCAGCAGCUGCAGCGGCUGCAAGGGCCGCAGGGGACGGCCGUGAAGCCCACCUGACCUGCGGGGGAAUGCAGGGUAGAGGGAGGCUCUCGCAAUGGCACUGUCGGAUGACGGCGUGGAGCCGAGGUGUUGGGGGCUAAGAGCGCUGCGGUCGGGUCACUCAGCAUCAUCAUCAUCGUCAUCGUCGUCGUCGUCAUUAUCAACAUCGUCGCCAGUAGUAGCGGCAGAGCUGUCAUUGUCACAAGCAGCAGCAAUCACUCACAUCAGCAGCAGCCUCUAAAUCUUCAUCAUCAUCAGCAACAGCACAAGAAGCAUGAUAAGCAGCCUUUAUUAUCAGCAGCAACUGCAUCUGAAAUCAUCAGCCAUGGUCGAUCCACUGCUGGAUGAAGGCCUCCUUGAGCAUCGCUCAAAGUGCGCAACUUCGUCAGCGUGCGACGAGGGGAGGAGUGAUGCCGGAGUUUCUGGCUUGUUUAUUUUCAGGGAGCCUUUUCGGCAAUUGAUUGCUAGGGGAGGUUUUAGCGUAAAUCGAAUGUACAGCGCUUUGCCAACCCGCUCCUGGAUGAGCUUGCCGUUUGGUCACGGUCAAACUGUGCAGCGAUGUAAAUAAUCGAGGCCUCCCCACGCCGCGUCAGUCGUGGGAGUCGUUUGACCAAACGUCACCGCGGCGUUGGAAAUCGAAUGUUACCCGGCACUGGUGUCACUCGUGCCCCUGGGAAUGACCCGGGGUCCGCGCGGUUUAUAGCGCGGUGCGCUGAUCAUGGGGGCACCUCCGCUUCGCCCCGGGUGUCUUGUACAGAGCGAUCCCCGCGACACCUCGCAAGCAAAGCAGGGUGGGUGGGGGAGGGGGGGAGGACCCUGUCGAGGGCUUGGAUGGUCGAGCAGCUGCGCGUGCAGUGGUAGGCGCAGCGGAGGGCAGCCAACUCCCACUACUUUUCUGUGCUCGCUUCAUCUUGACCAACCCCGCUCCGACCAGCGUGAUGAGGUGUGGUCAGAUGUGUCUCUCGCCUCGCCCCGCUCGGCGUGCGCAGGCCGGAGGCCCUCGUCCAGCAGUGGAUUGACAGGCGGGCUGCGCAGGUGAUCUGUGUGUGCGUGCGAGAUCGCGUAAUUUAUAAAUGGGCGGGCGGGCGUUUGUUUGAAGCCGCUGUCUUCCUCGCUGUUUAAUAUUAAACGUCAUCGGUGCGGUGCA